AAAAACACGCAUGAUGCUCUCUCUCUCGUGAGUCAAAAGUGGGUGGCCGCACACCACCUUUCCGCCUUCGGUUUCGCGCCGCUGACCGGCGCUGCACACCACCACCGCCACCCGCAGUCGGAUCCCGGCCACCAGCCCCGCCAACUGCAAUCUCCAGCUUCGGACACAAGCCCGGUGCCUGCAACCGCGCCUCUGUUUGCGAUUUCCGGCAGUCAAACGCUGCUAGAGAACCGCCGCGUCGAGCAGGCUGAGGUUGCCGGAGCCACUCCAGCCCUUGACGCCGGAGCCAUUCACUCUUCUGUGGCUCCGAUCUGGCAUUUUUCCCGGCUAUCUGUCGCCCUGGAAGCCGCAACCAGAUCACGGACGUGCUGCCUGACUUCGGCGAGAGUAGCCGACGUUGCUGCUCAUCCGGAGUGGGUGAGGAAAGGCAGAGCAGCUGCUAGCCGCUGCCACGCCGCCAACGCCAACAGCUCCGGCCGGUGAUGGAUUCGAGUUCGCCGGAAGUCCAUCGUGACAAGGGGGGCCUCAAUCUUCCCCUGGUCUCUUCUAAUUUUGACAGGUCUCGAUCUAAGUCCCCUGCCAAUGUUCCGUCUCAGCACCCGCCUCUCGUAAAGCCGGGUUAUUCUUCCGGCGCAGUGGAUGUUGGGCAGCGCUCGUCGGGUUUUUCACCGGCGCAGAGUUUGAUCGGUGAUCCUAACCAGGACAUCCCUGGUUUGAUACAGCCGCUGCCGUAUGUUGUUACUUCAGUAGCGCAGGUGUCGGGUUCUGCUCCGGCUGUUUCUUUCGCUGCCAAAGUAGCUGAUAGCCAAACCAAAUCCCUUAAGAAGCCGGAUGUUGCAGCGUAUGGCAUCCGAGGCCUUCCAAUACAGCGAGAAGGAGAGGUUGUCACCCUCUCAGUGCCCAAAUCGGAAUAUCAAACAAAGUUGGAAGAGUUUCAAUUUGCACUAAUCGGUAGACUUAUCCAACGUAAAGGGGAUAAGCCACGCACGUUCGCCGACCUCUCUCAUGAACUUCGAACCAUAUGGCAGUGCGCCGACUGUCAACUGGUGCCCAUGGCUAAGGGAUUCUUCGUUGUUAAAUUUUUGACGAUGGAAGCGAAAAAGAAAUCUAAGGGGAGUUCUUUUCUCCAACUGUCAAUCGGCCACGUACGCUUCCGUGAAUGGACUAGGUAUUUCGAUCCGUAUAAGGAAGUGUCGUCUCUGGCUCAGGUCAUUCAACGGAUAAAUGCCGGAGAGCGGAUAGGGCCACGAGCAAGCAAAAGAUCACUGAGCCUCCUGCUGUGGUUGUGAAGAGUCUUGAUAAGGGAGAGGGUCCGACUCCUGCAUGGCAGCCCAAAGUUAAUAUUCUU